AUGGCUGAAACUAACAAAUAUUAUCCAACUCCAGCCGAGCAAGACAUAUUAGUUGAAAAUAUUAAGAAGUAUUUUCAGUACAAGAAGCGUAGUCCACAACGAAAACAAAUCAACAAAGAAACAUGGGAACUUUUAAGUAAGACUAAUCCAGGCCAUUGGACACAAGUAAAUGUGCGAUUGUGGUUUAACAAUAACAGAAAGAAGAUAUUAGGUACUUCAGGAAGUGAGGAUGAAGGCAAUGAUAAUGCAGGACAAAAUUCUUCUCAAGUUAAGACUCCAAUGCCGGUAGAACCACAACAAUUUUAUUUCCCACCGAACAACCAAACAAAUAUCCAAAAUACAAGUUUUUUACCAGAAAUAAAGCCAGCACCUUCGAUUGUUCCAGAUUCAUAUCAACAGCGUGAAACUCCAAAUGUUACAUCAUACGAUUUCCCUGACAGUAGCUCGAUGCCGUCAAGAAUGAAUUCAUCAAUGAUGCUUGAUUUGGACACAGCCUUUCCUCUUACGAACAGCUUGCCAAAUCCAAGUGCCAAGCCACUCGAUAGCCAACAAAACCAACAAACUGUUGAUCAGAAAAAGAAUAUGAAUUUCCAACCGCCAACAACACCUCCACAGCCACCAAUGUCAACUCCAAACAUGCAGAAUUCAUUUUACCCACCUUACUUAUCUAGUCAAAAUAACCAAUUACCAUCAACCCCUCCAAAUCCAAGCCCACAACAGCCAAGCGCCAAUCCAUACCAGCCGCCAUUCGCACCACCCACUCUUUUCACACCACAGAAUUACAACCAGCCCCCAAUUUCUCCAGAUUAUUCCCAAAUUCAACCACCCCAACCUCCGAAACCAUUUACACCACCACCUCCACCACAAGUACAGCCAGUUCAACAGCCACCUGUUAUGCAACCUCCUCAAUUCCAAAUUCCUCCUCAUAAACCACAAGAUACACCAGUCCAAAGCGCUCCACAGCCUACAUUCCAGCUUCCUCCCAAGCAACCCUCCCAAAUGCCAUCCAAAGAAUCCUCAUCCCAGAUAGUUUCGACAGAAGAUCCAAAUGCCCACACGAAAUUCAACUUCAAAGUUGAAGAACCACAAGAAGAAGAGGAUGAAAAGGAUAAAGACACAGAUGGCAUCCAAAUCCAGUCACCUCCUACUCUCCAAGAAGGAACUCUCACUACAGAAAACAUUGAUUACUACAAAUUCCAAGGAUAUCAGUAUCUCAAUGACAUGUAUCGUAAAUUACACGAGAUACAAGAGUUGCCAGAUCCAGAAGCCCGUCUUAAGAAGCAAACAACAUAUGAAGACUAUUCCCUGGAGAUAUUAGACACAUUAAGAAACAGACUGAAGAUAAACAACAUCGAAUGCGUUGAUCACACAAGGAGCUUCAUUACAAACGCUUCUGCACGUACAAUAGAACGCCAGGUAUCAACAACAACUGCUUUGUACACAACAGGAAGAAUUGGUCAAACACCUGACAAAGUUGUCAGAAAUUCAGAAAAAAUAACUGUUCCUGAAAGUGUUUUCAGAAACUGGCAGAAGAAAUUACCAUUUGUACAGCCAAUUUACGCAGGACAUGGCGAAGUUACCCAGAAAACAGUUAAGAAUGUUGAAUGUGUUGCAUAUGACAAAGAUUAUGAACCUGUUGUUGCACAAUUCAACAGUGAAAAGAAUGUUACUGAGUUGCAUUACAAAGGAAAAGUUCGCCAAUUAGCUGUUUUCUCACCACCUACAUCCAUAGCAAUUGAUGAAGAAAAAGUGUGGAUUGCAGCUGAUGUAAGAGUCCAUGGAUUUGAUAUUUCUGAUUUUGUUGAAUCCGAUGAUUCAGAAUUUCUUGAAAACAGAGAAACAUUUUAUAUGAAGAAGAUCAACAAACAAUCAGAAAUACCAAAGAAAUCAUCAUUGGCUGUAACAGAAAACUACGUUGUUCUUGCGGCUCUCGGUAAAUUAUACUUCUGGGAAAAGUCAUCAAAAGAUCAAGAUCAAAAAGCUGAUCUCUACAAAGAGUUCAAUGAAACAGCAAAGAAGAACUCUUACGAUGCAGGAAGUAUUUACUGGCACGCAGGAAAACCAACGAAAGCAAUGAUCGACGCAAAGAUUCCAAACCGUGAAAAUGCUGUUUUCACACAAGUUUGCAGUUUGCCAGGUAAUCAAAUCAUUGCAGCAUCAAGAGGAUAUCCAAUCAUGUAUAUUUACAACGCGAAGACACAAAAAGUUGUUGAGAAAAUUUUAGGACACACAGAUGGAAUCACGAAUGUUAAGAGAUUGGGUGAUUACGUCAUUUCUAGUUCUCUUGAUUGCACAGUGAGAAUUUAUAAAUACCAAACAAUUAAAGCUGCUGAAGAUGAACAAAAAGAUUUGCAGUUGUAUUUCCACAUCGACAGAGCUUACAGUGUUGCAACUGCAUUUUGCAUGCAUCAUUUCACUGGUGAUGUUGAUUAUACAUUGCUCGCGAUAGGUGGAUUGGGAAGGAAUAAGAGUUGUGUACAGAUCUACGAUAUCACAAAGAAGGCAAUCACUAGUGAAGUAGAACUUGACAUAAAUUAUAUUCCUUUACAUAUCAAAUUCAAUCAAAAUUCAUUGGAUUUCGAAUGUCUCGCUUUGCAACGCGAAAAACAAUUUGCUGAAGAGGAUGAGGAUGCUGAAAUCAAUGUAGAUUUGGUUCCAAGAGGUUCGGCUAUCCUUUACAACGUUCAUUUCUCACCUUUGGAUGAACAACCUUCAAAGUAA